GUUUCAAUAGCAGCGGCGCGGCAGGGGAGGGACGCACUGCCAGCAUUCGGGAUACCCGCUCGCUCUCUCACCCUCUCUCUCUCUCUGUGUCUCUCUCUCACACAAACCCACUCCUGCCCACUGGAGACCAGUUAAAUCCGCAAGAAAACUGCAAACGCGCAUCAGAGCGGCCGCCUAAUCCGAUUGAUCGCUUCAGACAAGACGCGUGAAAACUGGAGGAACUAGUGGACACCAGAGAGGACAAAUUGAUCUUUUGAUUUCCACCCCUUUUUUUUUUUCUUGAGAUCGGGGUAAUUUUUUAUAUUUAUUUUAGGAGACUUUUGGCAACAAGAGGCACCAUCAUAAGAUAGAAUGAGGCAGUGUAAAGGUUGGAGUUUGGUGCUGCUGACGCUAUUGGGCCUGGGAUCGUGGGCCCAGAAGCUUCCUACAAGAGAUGAAGAACUCUUUCAGAUGCAGAUCAGAGACAAAGCGCUGUUCCACGACUCAUCUGUUAUACCAGAUGGAGCUGAGAUCAGUGGAUACCUCUUCAGGGACACGCCGAAAAGGUACUAUUUUGUGGUGGAAGAAGACAACACCCCCUUGUCUGUGACAGUGACACCUUGUGAUGCUCCUCUGGAGUGGAAACUGACCCUGCAGGAGCUGCCAGAGGAGUCCAGUGGCGAAGGAUCAGGACAGCCUGAACCACUGGACCAGCAGAAACAACAGGUGACUGUAGACGAAGGCACAGAGCUCUUUACCUACAAGGGAAACGAUGUGGAGUCCUACAUGGCAACCAGCACGCCCUCUGGUCUCUACCAGCUGGAGUUGCUGUCCACUGAGAAAGACAGCAACUUCAAAGUGUACACCACCACAACUCCUGAGUCUGACCAGCCAUAUCCGGAGCUGCCCUACGACCCCCGCGUGGACGUGACAUCGCUGGGUCGCACCACUGUCACACUUGCCUGGAAGCCAACACCGACAGGCUUUCUGAUGGGCCAACCUGUUCAGUACUGUGUGGUGAUCAACAAGGAGCACAAUUUCAAAAGCAUGUGUGCUGCCGAGGCCAAAAUCAGUGCAGAUGAUGCUUUCAUGUUGGCUCCAAAGCCUGUCCGAGACUUUAGCCCCUUUGACUUUGUGCAUUUUGGCUUUGUUCCCUCAGAAAAUGGGUUUGGGAAGGACAGAGGCCUUACUAGCAACAAGAUCUCGCGACCAUAUUUAGCCAAACCCAAAACGUCGGACAUUCAGAAGGUGUGCAUAGGCAACAAAAACAUCUACACAGUGUCAAACCUUAAACCAGACACGCAGUACUACUUUGAUGUGUUUGCUGUGAACUCGGCUACCAACACCAGCACAGCCUACGUGGGAACAUUUGCUCGCACUAAAGAGGAAGCUCGUCAGAAGACACAGGAGCUGAAGGACGGCAAAGUGGCAGACGUUUUCAUCAAGAGGAAGGGCACAAAGUUUCUACGCUUUGCUCCAGUGUCUUCCCACCAGAGGGUCACGCUUUUCGUGCACUCCUGUCUGGAUGCGGUGCAGGUGCAGGUGAGGCGAGAUGGAAAGCUGUUGCUAUCCCAGAAUGUGGAAGGGGUGCGGCAGUUCCAGCUGCGAGGAAAGCCUAAAGCCAAGUAUCAGAUCCGUCUGCGAGGAAGCAGGAAAGGCGCGUCUACUUUAAAGGUGCUUGCCACCACCCGGCCCAGCAGCAAGCAACCCUUCCCGUCUCUACCGGAGGACACCCGCAUCAAAGCCUUUGACAAGUUGCGCACCUGCUCCUCCGUCACCGUGGCCUGGCUGGGCACGCAGGACCGCAACAAAUAUUGCAUUUACCGUAAAGAGGUGGCCGAAAACUACGGUGAAGAGCAGCGGCGUAGGGAACAAAAUCAGUGUGCCGGGCCAGAGACCCGCAGGAAGUCCGAAAAGGUCCUAUGCAAGUACUUCCACAGCCCGAACCUGCAGAAAGCUGUGACCACAGAGACCAUCACAGGUCUGGAGCCGGGCAAGACCUACCUGCUAGAUGUUUACGUAGUGGGACACAGUGGUCACUCAGUAAGAUACCAGAGCAAACUGGUGAAAACAAGGAAGUACUGCUAAACGACUCUGCAAAAAAUAAAUCUAUUAUAUAAAUAUAUAUAUAUAUAUUAAAUAAGUUUAUUUAACACUAAGUGAUAUUGUACUAAGAAGUGUACACAGACUGACUACUCGUGCAGCUGAUGGGCCUGUAGCAGAGACUGAGAUGUUUGUAGAGAAAGAGAGAGAUAUCAACCUGUAUAUUUAUGUUUACAUUUUAUCUCGGAAAGUCCGAGAGGCCCGAAGCGUGAGCUGCUCUUUCUACCCAGCUCGUCGCCUUGACAUCAUAUCCAGCGGAGAGGCAGAGCUCCAGAGAAAAAUCACCUUUCCUCCUGUAGGUUUCUUUGUCGCUGCAUGGCGUCUGCUUUCUUCCAUUUACAUCCUUCAGUAAAAAUCACAGGGACUGGAGGAGAUCCUGCAGCUUUCUGCUUUGUAUAGAUCUCUCAUUGCAUAAUCGUUUCAUGUUUUAGGAGAAAUUUAAAUUAUUUUAUACUUUGUGUCUAUAUUUUUGAUUGUCUCUUUUUAUUGAUGACAGUAAUAACUGUUCCAGAUAAUUUCCAAUUUUAUGUGGAAGUUGUAGUUCAAGACAUUCCCUUUAUCAGUCUCAGCCAGUGUUUCCUCUAGAACCCAUCUUGUAAAAGUAUGCUGUCCCGUGCUGGAGAUCUGUGUUAUUAUCGCUGUAUCAUUGUGUGUAUGUGUGCGUGCGAGUGUGGGUGUGUGUCUGUCACAUGUACAGAGAUGUCCUGCCAAUAUUCAUGUACAUAAAGUCUAAAUAUAGAACGAGUAAUCCCUGUGUCACCCUGGGUGUCAAG